AUGGCCAUCUCGUCACGACUCGCUCUGUGGGAGCAGAAGAUUAGGGAAGAGGACCGGAGCCCCCCGCCGACCUCCCCGCCUUUGCCUUUCUCCAUCAUUCCGGGGGGCUUCAUCAAGCAGCUGGUGCGGCAGAAGGAGGAGGAGUCCAAGGCCCUCCGGCUGAAAGAGGACGAGGCCUCGAACUCCCAGGAAGACGUCUCCGAGGACGAUGCCUGGUUUGAAGCGGAGAAGCUCUGGCUGCUUCAGAAGGACAAAUUCACCCUUGCCACGGAACUGAAGCCUGAUGUGGGCACCCUGGAGCUGCCCGCGGGAACCGUGCGCGCUCGCCUGGACGCCGAUGGCUCCAUUGUGGAGGUGGACGAAGAAGCGGUGCAGAAGGCCAAUCCACCCAGCCUGGACUACACCGAGGACCUGGCCGCUCUGGUCAGCCUGAACGAGGCCAGCGUCCUCCACGUCCUCCGCCAGAGGUGCCAGUCGCAGCUGCCCUACAUCUUCUCUGGCCCUCACUUGGUGGCCCUCAGGUCGGUUCCUCCCGCGGUCGGCAGCUCCAGGAAGGCCUUCCAAGGCAGGAGGGACAGGAUGCCCCCACACGUCUUUGCGGUGGCGCAGAGGGCCUACUGGGACCUGCUGGCGCAGAGGCAGGACCAGGCGGUGGUGGCCCUGGGCAGAAGCAACGCGGGAAAGACCACCGCUUGCCAGAGCAUCCUGGAGUACCUCGUGGCCACCGCAGGCAGCCUGGACAACCGGGUCACAGUGGAGAAGAUCCAGGCCAUGUUCACGGUCCUCACAGCCUUUGGCACAGUGUCCGCCGGGCCCAACAGAGCCUCCACCCGCUUCUCCAUGGUCAUGGCUCUGGAUUUCAGUGCCUCUGGGCAUGUAACGGCUGCCCAUCUCCAGACGAUGCUGCUGGAAAGGGCCCGGGUGGCGCAGCAGCCCGAGGGAGAGGGCACCUUCAACGUCUUCUCCCAGAUGCUGGCAGGGCUGGACUUGGAGCAGAGGUCAACGUUGCACCUGCACCAGAUGGCAGAGAACAGCUGCUUUGGCAUCAGAGCCAGUCUCAAGGCAGAAGAGAAGCGGGGGGCUUCGGCCGCCUUUGCCCAGCUCCAAGCUGCCCUGGGCACCUUGGGAGUCGAGGCGGCUGAGCAGGAAGCUUUGUGGCGGGUCUUGGCCGGCAUUUAUCACCUGGGGGCUGCUGGUGUCUGCAAAGUGGGCAGGAAACAGUUCCUGAAGUUCGAGUGGGCCAACCGGGCGGCGGAUGUCCUGGGCUGCGAAGCGGAGGAGCUGACCACGGCCGUCUUCAAGCACCACCUGCAGCGGAUCCUUCAGCAGGUCACAGCCGGAUCCCCCUCGGAGGAGCCACUGGACGACCAGGUGCCAGGUGAGACCCGCUCGGGCCCCAAGCUGAGCGGGGUGGAGUGCUUGGAGGGCAUGGCUGCCGGCUUGUACGAGGAAGUAUUUGCGGCCGGGGUGAUGCUGGUCAACAGGUCCUUCUCCUCCAGCCAGCUCUCCAUGGCCUCCCUGAUGGUGGUGGACACCCCUGGCUUCCUCAGCCCCCGGCACCAGCAGAGAGAGCGGGCGGCCACCUUUGAGGAGUUCUGCCACAACUACGGGCAGGAGCGCCUGCAGGGCCUCUUCUACAAGACCACCCUGGAGUCUGAAGUGGGCAGAUACCGGGAGGAAAACGUUGAGGUGCCUUUUCUUCUGCCUGAACUCUCUCCAGCCGCCACAGUUGCCCUUGUGGACCAGAGCCCGUCCCAGAUGCUCCUCUCUUCCGGGGGGCCCUCAGAGGACCCCCAGGGCCUGCUCUGGAUCCUGGAGGAGGAGGCCCUGGUGCAGGGCUCCAGUGACAGCCGAGCCCUCGACCGCCUGUGCUCGGCCUUCGGGAAGGAAGGUAAGGCCGGAGGGGAGAAGCCGGGGGUCCUGCGCAGGUGUGAGCAGCCCCUGCAGUUCGAGGUUGCCCACCGGCUGGGCAAGGACCCCGUCCGCUACGAUGCCACCGGCUGGGUGGGCAAGGCCAAGUGGAACCUCUCUGUGCAAAACGCCAUCCAGCUCCUGCAGCAGUCCAAGAUAGGGGCUCUGAGGAAAGUCUUCCUGCCACGCGCCCACGUGCCCCUCCUCUGCCGCUCAGUGGCGGGCUGGGAGGGCCACUCGCACCAGGCCCUGCAGCGCAUUGGCUGCCUCCGGAAGACCUUCAGUGGCAGCUGGGCCGCCGUGAAGAAGAGGUCGGUCUGCGCCCAGAUCAAGCUGCAGCUGGAUGCUCUCAGCAAUCUGCUCAAGCGGUCUCGGAUCCACUUUCUCCAUUGCCUGGACCCGGGGACUCCGCCGGAGCCUCAGCCGCCCACCACGGGGACCACGGAAGCCGCCCCAGGACCGGCGUGGGACGUUCCGGCCCUGCGCGCCCAGCUCUCCGGCAGCCUGAUCCUGGAGGCCUUGCGGCUGCACAGAAUUGGCUAUGCGGAUCGCAUGGAGCUGGUCCAGUUCCGGCGGCGCUUCCAGGGCUUGGCUCAGCCAGAGAUGAAGAAGUUCACCUCCGCCUACGAGAUGACGGAUGAGAAGAAGGCGCUGGAGGAGCUCUUCCGGGCCCUCGAUCUGGAGAAGAAGAGCGUUGCGCUGGGCCACACGCAGGUCUUCCUGAAGGCCGGCGUCCUUCCGCGGCUGGAGAAGCAGCGAGAGAAACUGGUGUCCCAGGGCCUGGUCCUGCUCCAGGCAGCCUGCAGGGGCUUCCUCUCCCGCCAGCACUUCAGGAAGUUAAAGAUCCAGAGCCUGGCUGCCCGGUGCAUCCAGAAGAACCUGGCCGUCUACCGGGCUGUGAAGAGCUGGCCGUGGUGGCAGCUGAUGUGUGGCGUCCGGCCCCUCCUGACCAUCAGCCUGGCCGAAGGGCAGCUCCGCGUCAAGGAGGAGGAACUUGCAACGCUGCAGAAAAAGUUGGAGAACUCGGACGUUUCUCGCCAGGAGCUUCGGGAGAGCAGCGAAUUGCUGGAAAGCAAGGCCAAGCAGCUGCAGCUUCAGAAGCGGCUGGAGGAGGCCGAGAAGCAGCUGGGGGAAACACAGCAGCAGCUUCAGCUCCGUGAGAUCGAGGCCAAGAGCUCUGGGAAAGGGCACGAGUGGCAGAUGCGCCUGGACUGCGCAGAGACCGAGACGGCCUUUCUGCGGAAACGGAUUGCCCAGCUGGAAGAGAGGCUGGAGAGGGAGCAGCAGGCGAAAGCGGACGUGGAGCAGAAGCUCAGCCAGGCGCAGCAGCUGUACGAGGAGGCCAGGCGGGCGGCCCAGCAACUCAAGCGCAGGUGCCAGCAGCUGACCUGUGAGCUGGAGGACACCCGGGUGCUGAUGGAGAACCAGCAGAGUCGCAACCAUGAGCUGGAGAAGAAGCAGAAGAAGUUCGACCUACAGCUGGCCCAGGCGCUGGGAGAGGCGGCCUUUGAGAAGAGCCUCCGGGAGAAAGUGGCGCAGGAGAACUCCGGCCUCCAGUUCCAGCUGGGCAGCCUGCGGCACAGCCUCCAGCAAAAAGAGUUGGAAAAGGAGAGCCUGGCCCAGCGGGUGGCAACGCUCAGCUGCCAAAUGGAGGAGCUCGGCAACUGUGCCAGCCUGGAGGCGGGUGCCCCAGCCGCCCUGCAGAAGAAGCUGUGGGAUCUCGAAUCCAGGACCUUGGAGCAGCAGCAGGAGCUGAGCCAGCAGACCAAGGCUCUUCAGCAGCUGGAGCAGCUUCACCUGAGACUGGAGCUGGAGAUUGAGAGGACGAAUCAGAUCCACCAGAAGGAGCUGGAGGACAAGGAGGAGGAGCUGGAGGACAACCGCAAGUCGUGCCAGAAGCGGCUUCGCCAGCUGGAGAUGCAGUGUGAGCAGGAGGGGGACGAGAAGCAGAACCUCCUGCGGGAGAAGCAAGACUUGGAGGGCCUGGUCGCCACCCUCUGUGAGCAGAUUGGCCACCGGGACUUUGACGUGGAGAAGAGACUCCGGCGCGACCUGAAAAGGACCCACGCCUUGCUGGCAGACGUCCAGCUGCUGCUGGAGACCUCUGGGACAGCAGAGCCAGGCCCCUCCGGAAGCCAGGAGGAGUGGGCCAAGCUUCGCAGCCAGUGGGAAGAGAGCGCAGCCAGGUGUGCCGAGGCCCAGGAGUCGCAGAAGACGCUGUCCCUGGAGGUGGAGAAUUUGCACUCGGAGCUGGAGGCGGCCACCAGGAACAAACACUUGGUGGACGAGCAGCUUUACCAGCUGCAGCACGAGAAGGCCGACCUGCUCAAGCGCUUCGAGGAGGACCAGGAGGACCUGAACGAGCUGCUGGCCAAGCACAAGGCUCUGAUUGCACAGUCGGCCACCGACAUCGCCCAGAUCCGGGAGCUUCAGGGGCAGCUGGAGUCGCUGGAGAAGGAGAAGCAGGCGCUGCAGGAGAGACUGCAGGCGGCCCAGGCCAGACUCUCCUACCUGGAGCAAGCGACGGUGGAGCGCUCGAUCGUCAGUCGGCAGGAGGCCGUGAUCUGCGACCUGGAGAGCAAGAUGGAGUUCCAGAGCGUCCAGAUCAAGCGGUUCGAGGUACUGGUGCUCCGUCUCCGGGACAGCGUGAUCAAGAUGGGAGAGGAGCUGGAGAAGGCCAAGGAGAGCGAGGCACGGGAGAGGGAGAACGCCCACUACUACCGGCUGCGGCUGGAGGAGGUGAAGGCGGACAUGAGCGAGCUGGCCCAGAGGGAGCUGGAGGCCAGUCGCAGGCGGGUGGACCUGGAGAAGCAGGUGGACGAGCUCUCGGUGGCCAGGCAGACUCUGCAGGCGGACCUGGAGACCUCCCUCCGGCGCAUUGCAGACUUGCAGGGCGCUUUGGAAGAGGUGCAGUCGAGCGAGGAGAGCGAGGCGGAGAGCGUCCAGACGGCCCAGGAUUCCCUUGGUCAACGUCAGGAGACGGCGAAGAAGGACGCCGAGGAAAGCUGGCAGCCGAUGCCGUGGCUCAGUGCGCAAAGGAAGGACUACGGGCGGUGUGGAGGAGGCCCGGAUAGCCCUUCCGUUGGCUCCCUGAAGCAGGACUACGGGAGGCCCAAAGGGGAAUUCAACAGGCCCCCCAAGUCAGAGGCCGUGUCCCCCCCUGCGUGGAGGCCCCUGUCCUCUCCCGCCGCAGCCGAAGAGACGGCGAUCCCUUUCUCUCCACCCCGGAGCAGGGAUCUCUCUCCUUCGGCCGAGGACAGGCUGUCCCGGUCCUCUUCUGCCCUCUCGGAGUAUGUGGAGGAGCUGCGGAGGAAGCGUCUGAAGGAGCCCCUGGAGGAGGAGGAGGAGGAGGCCUCCUCCUUGCCCAUCUACCAGACCACCGGGGCCCCCUUCCUCAGGAGGUGCAGGACCCUGAAGGACAAGGAAGACUUGCAAGCCAGCCUGGAGGACCUCGUUGCAAACCCCGGAGCUGAGCUGCUCCGCUGCUCCAGUUUGAGAAGCAUCUCCUCGGAUUGUGGGCUGCGGCCGUCCCUCUCCCCGGCCCUGAAAGGGGCCUCCAGGUUCGGCUCCUACGACUCCCUGGUGCAGAGCGCGGGUGAGCCUUACGCCACAGGUGCCCCUACGAUCCUGGGUGGAGACGCGGCCGGCCCGUUGCGCCCGAGGCCCUGGAGGAGCUGCCUGGAGGCCUCCGUGGAAGGAAGCCUGGAUCUCGGUAAGGAGCCUCUGCUGCUCCAAAGCAAGAGGCUGGGGGAGAUCCCGAGGGAAGCGGAGGAUCCGUUCUCUUGGAAGAUUCCAACGCUGAGCUACGAGCGGAAAACAGACGCUGACUCGGAGGACUUCCUGCCGGCCAUCCGGAAAGCUCAGUCCGCCAGCGGCCUGUCCAGAGGCCCCAAGGAGAGGAAGGACGGACAGCGGCCCCUCAGCGUCCGCUUUGAAGACCAGGCCGCCCGGCCGCAGCGCACCUUCCUGUCCGAGAUGAAGACGGUCUUGUCCCCGCGGUCGAAAGCCAAGGAGGACCCCGGCAACCUCUCCGACUCCUCCGACUCCUCCACUGGCUCCUUCAAGAGCGCCGACAGCGUCAAGUGCCGGCCCGGAGCCCGGAGGCAGGAAGGGGAAGGCUGCGUGGGCAGAGGGGGCUCGGAGGGGCCGAGGGUCCACCCACGGUCCGAGGCGGAAGGCCGGGAAGAGGACGUGACCAGCAUCAUGAUGAAAUACCUGGGGAAAGAGUAAGGGCUUCAGCAGCGGCAUUGAGAACGGAUCUGCAAGCAGGGUUCCUUCCGUGGACGAUGGCUUCCCCCCCAUCGCAGCUG